AUGACGCGUUACGCAAAACUCGAGAAAAAAAGAUACAAAGAGGCUGUUGGGUUUGAAGGGUUCAAUAUUAAGCCAUUAACCCCUUCAAAGUCAAAGUCUUCGACUAUAAAGAAGGAACGAGAACAAACUGUGGUUGCGAUGGAUGAAGACCAAUUUAAAGAGAAAUCUAUAAAGACGAAGAGCAGUGUUAAAAGAAAAGUAAAGGCUGAAAUUGAAGAUAAGGAACUCGAAUUUAUUAAUGGAAUUAAUAAGAGUGAUGCUAAUAAGCAAAAGAGUAAAAGACGAAAAAUCGAAGAAAAAGUUGAUAAUAAAAUUGGUGGUGAUGAUCAUAAUAUUAAACAUGCUACAGUGAAGAAUACUGACGUGAAAUUAUCAAGGUCGGAAAAACGCAGACUUCGGCGUAUCAAAGAACGAAAAAGCAAAACGAUAUGCUUUGCUUGUCGUAAGCCUGGACAUGGUGUAAAAGAUUGUCCAGAGGCAAAUAAACAUGGUGAUGCUGCUGCCGAUGAGAGUAUUAGCGUAGGAAUAUGUUAUACUUGUGGAUCGACCGAACAUACAUCCAAGAAUUGUAAAAAACUGAAAUUUUCAAAAGAUGAUAAAUCUUUGGAAAAUAUAAAAUAUCGAUAUGCUAAAUGCUUUAUAUGUGGAGAGCAAGGACACUUGUCUGGUAAAUGUCCUAAAAAUGAGAAAGGUUUAUAUCCAAAUGGUGGAUCUUGUCGUUUUUGUGGGAAAGUUGAUCAUUUCGCUAAAGAUUGUGACAUCAAAAAAGAAGAAAUUGGAGUAGUGGCUUUAAGUAAAAUCGACACUGAACACGGUCCAGAUGAUGAUGAUUUUCACAUUUUCAUUAAAGGCAUAAAUAAAUCAGAGAGAAUGCAAAGAAUGAAAGAAAAAAUUAAUACCACGUCGACAAAAAUAACAAAUGGGUCUUUGGAUAGUAGUAUUA